GCCAGGGCCUCUCCUUCGCUCCUUCUCCAGGCAGGCCGAUCCUCCGAGGCAGGAGACGCCCCUCCCGGUGCACUUGUCAAAGGGUUAGUGAAGGCAGGUGACGUCACACUUGCUUGCAAGGACUGCAGGACAACAGAGCUCUCGGUCGGACACAGAAGAUUUUGGUUUUCAUUUUUUGACGCCACAAUGUUGCCUUCGAGACGAACUUUUGAGGCCGACAAGCAGCAGCAGCAGCAGCUGCAGCACCUCAACGGCCGCAUGGCUCAGUACCUCACCAGGACGCAGCAACUGGAGCGAGAGAACGCGCGUCUCCUGGCCGAAAUCCAGCAGCUCAGGCAGGCCCGGGUGGCGGAGCGGGAGCCGCGCUACAAGGCCGAAGUGCGCGAGCUGAGGCGGACGACGCAGCGGGUGGCGCUGGAGAAGUCCCGCGCCGAGAUGGAGCGCCAGAGACUGUGCGGGGAGUUGGAGACGCUGCGCUCGCUGUGCGGCCAGCAGAGCGACGCCUGCCGGGACGUCGGCGGGGAGCUGCAGGGCCGCGACAAGGAGCUCCGGGCGGCCCGGCGCGACAACGCGUUGCUCCAGCGGCGUUUGGCCGCGCUUCAGCGGGAGUACGCCUUCUUGGAGGAGACGCACCAGCAGCAGAUGGGGCAGCUCAGGCGCCAGGUGGACUCUCAGGUGAACGCCCACGUGGUCACAGAGAGUUACCGCGGGGUGCCUGCGGCCUCCAUGGAGGGGGUGCAGGAAUACGCCCGUGGGAUGUCCGAGGGCUGGAUACAGACCUUCGAGAUGUACCAGCAGAAGGUGGAGGAAAUGGAGCGGGCCAUCCAGGAGGACCAGGCCAUGCUGGGCGACCUGCAGAGGGAGAAGAUGAUGCACAUUUCCGAAUUGGACAAAUUACGCACGGAUGCAGAGAAACAAGGGCAGCUCCAAAUGCGUCUGGAGGAGCAACUUCUACACAUGCAGGAGAAGUUCAGUCGGGACAUGGAUGAAUACCAAAUUAUUAUCGACCAGCUGGAACGGGAGAGGAACGCCAUGGCCGAGGCCAUCGGGCAGAGGGUACAGGACCAUCAGCAUCUGCUGCGGGUCAAGAUGGACAUGGGCAUGGAGGUGGCGGCUUAUAGAGCGCUCUUGGAGGGUGAGCGAGUUGGGCUUCAAGGCGCUCACAGAAGGAUGAAUGAACACCAGAGGGAACGGCUCAUAGAUAUCAAGAUACCUGGCCAACCCUACACUCCGAGAACUUCCACCGCAACCAGAAAGCGUAUGGACAUCAGGUUCACACCUUCUGUUUCUAACAUGAGAAGAUCUCCCGCAGCUUCCUCAGGGUCCAGUAGUCCCUCCAGGGCCAUUCCAAUUUCAGUUGCGAGCAGGGCUCAGCAUCAGAGUCCAGUCUCCAGAAGGGACAUGGUCUCAUUCACCAAAGCCCGGGCCGCCACUUCUACCACUGUUCCCAAAGAUAAAGAAGUAGUUGAGAGUGAGAGACAAAGCCCAAAGUUACAGAAAACUAAGACAAUCAAACAUGUCUCGCAGGAAGAGACCCAAACCAGUUCCAUCAAGUCCUCUGCUGCGACCACAUCAGGUAUAAUGCUGUCACCACCCAGGAGGAACCUCAACACAAAACCAGAGAUGGAAAGCAGCAUGAAAGGAGAAGAUGACCCAGCUAUAGGAAAGCUACAUGAAAGUGAGUCUAAGGAUGAAGGCAAAAGCAAGUCCCUGACUGAGUCAAGUGAGAGAAAGGCUUUAAACAGUGUGUCUGUUGAGGAGAUCAUUGAGAAGGUGAUAAAACCGGCUGGUUUGGAAGCCAAGGUUUGCUCCUCUGGAGAAUCAAAGAUUACCUAUCAUGUAGAGAAAACUGAACAGGGAGACGGCUCAAUGAAAACACAAAUUGUGUUGCAGUCUAAGGUGGAGGAGGAAGUGGAUGUUUCAGAAGACUCCGCCCUGGAUCAGCUGCUGAGCCAAGGGGUGAAGAAGGUCUCCCUGGAGGACAUUGACGACACAGAGACAGGAAGCAUGAUCAGGAACCUUCUUAGUGGCCUGCAGGGCGAAGUGACUCUGCAGAAUAAGUCUGUCAAUGUGGAGAUUAUUGAGCAGCCUGUGGAGUCUUACGAUGAAGAAGUUAAUGAGAAGUCCAGAUCUUGUUUUAAUGAAUCCACAUAUUUCCAAAUUGAGGAGAUGGAAGAAGACCAAGGUACUCAAGUUGAGAAGAGCGGUGAUGAUGCCAUGAAAAGAUCCCAUUCUGGAUCUUUUCAGGUUCAGGAGGAGAGUGAGUCUUUAUAUUUCACCCAGGACCAAGAGCCCGCUGAGUAUUUUGUCUCCACACCAGAUGAUAAUCUCUCUGAACCUGAGGAGGGUUGCGGCAUAACCUCAUACGGUCAUUAUGGCAUGGUGGACGACUUGUCCGAUGAGAGGUAUUAUCAAGAUGACAGACUUCCAAAAACCGGAACCGUCCGUGAGGAAAACGAAUACAGGUUUAUGUCAGAUCGGUCCUUUCUCAAAGAGAGCAUUCCUGAGUGCAUCAUCGAAGAGGAGAUCCGUGUUUCCCCCAUAGUGCAGGAGUCAAUGCUUGAGUUACUGCGAGAGGACUCAUGCGAGCCCAAAGAGCAGCUGCGGGGAGCUUUGGAAAAAUUACAAGACUCCGUGUCAGGCCCACUGAGGGAGGAGUUGGCUUUCUUCACUAAAGUAAGCAGUGAAAAUCCACAGAAUGUGGCAGUCGACAUCAAGAAAGUGCAGCAUUCGAGUGACAGUGGAACCACCACCAUUGUUGCGGAGCUGAACGUCUCUCAAACACUGGAGGAUUCUGGGUUGCUGGAUGACGACAAUUUAUCGGAGGAGCAGAUCAUGGCUGCGCUGAGUUCUUCCAACUUGGGGAGUGCCUUGGAGGGAAGAGCUGGAGAAGGAUACAGCUUCAGGAUCUCAAAAGAACAGCAUGUUGUGCUCGGUAAGGACUUGGACUUUGCGAGAGAAGGCGAGUCUUCGUCCCUUGUCAAACUGGGGCCGCCUGAGAGGUCGUUUGCCACAGCACAGGAGGCACACAGCAGCCAUACUGACAGUAGCUCAGAUCAAGAGUGAAUGAAACAAUGUCAUGGGAAAUUUAAAAGUCCUUAAGAAUAUAGAUUUUUACCAAAGAAUGCAUUGAUUGCAACAGCAAGGGUAGAUUCACUGCAUAGUGUUAGUUGCAGACACUACAGCUCUUGAAUGAUAGUACCCUUGUAGGAAUUUGACAUCUGUCCAUAGUUGCAACAUGGAGCUAUUUUAUCAGUGGUCACAGUUCUAGGAUAAUCUCUUUUACAGUGUUUCAGGGAUUAUUUUUCAAAUUUCAAAUUGAGAACUCUAUUGCUUUUAAAGACAAAAUGACCUGAGAAGUAGCUGAGAUCAAAACAUCAGAUUGAUAGAUGCAUGGUCAGCACUCUUCGGAGCAGAAUUUUCAUCCACGACUAAUUUAGAAAAGAUCCCUGUUGAUUUUGAAUGAUAUUUGACAUAACAUGAGUGUUCAGUGGUCACUUUCCCUACUGUCCUGAUUUCUAUCAACACUAUUGAUUUUCUGUGAUCUUCCAUCUUAUAUUGUCGAUAUACUGUUGCUAGGAUCUUAACUGUAGAUUUUAUAAUAAAUACAUAAAAAGUGAGGCAAUUUAUUCCCUCACUGCGGAUCAGUGGGUGAUUUGUGAGGACUAUAAGUUACUGUCAAUCAAAAAACAUUUAGGGAUAUAUUAGGUAAAAACUGACCACUUAAUUGCGAGCAAACCAAUAAUUGGGUGCCUGGACUGCCUGCCCAAGUAAAUAGUUUGUGAGCUGCCGAUUUCCCAAAAUGUGUUUGUGAGCAAGCCCUUUCGUUUUGUGUGUUUGUGUAUGUGUCCGCCGCAUGCGCCACAUUCACAGAUCAGCACACUAAUUGACAAGUUUAAUUUGGCGGCCUGAUUAUGAUGUGCUGCCUCUAUGAGUGAAAAUGCAAGUCAUGGUUUUAUCCUCUUCACUUUUAGACUCCCAGGUCAACAAGUAGCCACUCUCUGACUCUACGAAAGCCAUUCACUUGUUGGCAGACCCCGCAAUUGAUUGACCCACGUGAGCAGUGCCAGGAUAAUUUUAGCAAGUCUAGAAAUAAAGGAUGUAAAGUGUAAUAUAAUAACAUUACACUUUGAUUGAGGUAUUUUGAGCAAAGCAUAUCAUAACCAUGUUAUUAAGACCCCUAGAACUGUCUUAAAUUGUGAAAGAAAUACUGUAAUGCAUAUGGCUCCUUUAACACUGAAUGCAUGUGUUGUAUAUCACUGCACUGAUAACUGUUACCACAUAGAUGAACUAUACCUACUAAUACAAAUAUUUUCCCAGAAUGGUAUUUACUAUUUUAGCUUUUUUUUUUUUAUUUUUUUUUUUUUACAGUAGUUAAAAGUAAUGGUGCAUAUUUCAGGUGACACACACACAGCUGAUUUGUGUCUGUAUGCUUUUGGUUGUCACUAUUUCUGUCCUAACCUUUUGCUCUGCAGGUUUAAUAUGUUGGUUGUGCCAUACACAGCACUCCGUCACUCAACUUUCACAGCGUUGUGUGCCAGGUUGUAUGGGUUGUGUGGCAGUGGUGUGUGUGCGUGUGUGUGUGUGUUUG